AUGAGUAAUUCGGAAAUAGAAUACCUAAAAGCACAGCUAGCAACUGCUAGGAGUGAAAUUAAAAACUUAAGGCAACAACUCUCUAAUCUGCAGCACAUGCACACGAAAGAGCACCAACAUAUCUUAAAGCUUUUGACCGAUUAUCGGUGCGAAGGUUGCCAGGAAAAACAGCAACAAAAUGGACAUAGCAAUAAGAAGCAGGACGUAUCGGUGGAUGAUGACGGUGCGGAUGGAUGCACGUUCAAGCCAAUAGGUGUUAUAAAAACGGUGUUCAAUGAAAAGCGUGCUGUACCACGGCAGGCUAGUUUAGCAUCGGGUUUGCUAAGUAGAAUAGAUAUAUCGUCAACCACAUUCAACAAUCCGGCACACUCCCUGGAAGGGCUGGAGAACUUUUCGCACCUCUGGAUCAUUUACUACUUUCACCGGAAUCCGAACCAUGCAAAAGCGAAAGUUGCUCCUCCACGGUUAGGCGGUGAGCGUGUCGGUGUGUUUAGUACGAGAUCUCCACACCGUCCAUGUCCCAUUGGACUGUCCCUUGUAGAAUUGGACAGGAUUGAAGACUUUAAAGUGUAUUUUCUAGGAACCGAUAUGGUUGAUGGUACACCCGUACUAGACAUAAAACCAUACAUUCCGCAGUACGAUGUUCCGGUUAAGAUGAAGGAAGCAGAAUUUCUUAACUCACGGGAAGCACCCGACGGAGAGGAAACGAAUCUGCCGGACAAGAAACCUGGUGGAUCAAACCACACCCAAACGGGACCUGCUGUAACCGUGCCCAACUGGGUGUUGAAUAGUUCGAGCUUAAACGUAAUGUUCAAUGCUAAUGCCGAAUCCCAACUACAAGAGCUUCAAAUAGAAAAGAAUUCCAUCGUUGAUGUACUAAAGGCUGAUCCUCGUUCCGUAUAUUUACGCACGAAGUAUGGUUCGCAAAUAUACACGUUUCGUUUGGGAGAGCAUACCGUCACGUGUAAAUUCGACGAUCAAAACACUACCGUAACCGUCCUGCAGAUACGAGACGUUGUUAAUUUUCAAGAAAUGGACGGAGAAUGUUCCUCCUCAGCGCAGUAG